AUGCAAGAUGGGCGUUCAAUCAAGGCGUAUAUUGAUACUGGUAGUAAGCAAAACAUAAUUCGGCGAGAAUGUUUUGAAACUCUUGGCGAUUACCAGAUUAACCCAUCUAGCAUAGUGCUGAAAGGUUUUGGCGGAGCUAUGUGUACAGUGAAAGGCGAGGUGACGUUGCCUCUCACUGUGGACAAGGUGGUCAGGGCGCUGAUUGCCGAUUGUGAACUUGCUGGCGCUGAUAUUCUUUUAGGGCAACCGGCGUUAGCAACAGAAGGCGUGGUGCUGACAGUGCAUGACGGCAAGGCGCAGCUGACUAGCACUGAGAAGGAGAAGGCAGAGGAUUUCAUUCCGAACAUCACCCUGGGCGAUGAUGAGACCGAGGCGCAGGUCACAGAGAAAGUACUGGCGUUGGAGGAUGUCACUGUAUCUCCAGGCGAGGAGAGUGACAUACUCAUUGUAGUUGAGGGACUGUACCAAGGCGAAAAGGGCUAUGGCGAGCGAAAUGGUGCAGUUGUGGCAAUCGGUAACCAUGUACUGGAAGGCGGACGUUCUGAUGGAUUGAAGGUGCGCAAUCUGGGACACAGGCUAGUGCAGUGGAAGACUGGACAGGUGGUGGCGAGAGCCGUGAAGAUGAGUGUGGCGAUACCAAAGAAACAAGGCGAGAUAAGUUCAACUAUAUUUGCUAGUCAUAGUAUACUUAAUCUUUCAUGUAUUCAAGUAGGCGAUAUUGGUAGAACUAAUUUGUCUAAGUAG